CAGAGAAGAUGUGUGCGGCUCAGUCACUGCAGCACCGUGGGAGUGCUUCAAUCAGAGGCAGAAUGAGGAUAUGAUGCAUUGCAGUCAAAGAAACGCGUGCACGGAACCAGCGUUGAUAAAAUCUAAUUACCAGAUCAGAUUUCUCUGCAGUAUACAGGUUAAUGUAGUUUGUUGGAGGAGCUUAAAGUUCUAGGUGAUGAGGGAAAGCCUCAAGGACAUCAUUCUGCUGGAGGCAAGUUCACACUCUCAGUGCAAAAGAUCAAGAUGAGUGCUUGCUUAGUGUUCACGAUCCUUAUGGGCUACAGAUUAUCUCAUGCUGCCGAGUCUCAAAACAUCUGCGCCGGCAACGACACGCUGGAAACUUUCAACGUAUCUGCUGGAGGCAAUGUGGCCGUGCCAUGCCCACAGCUGACUGGUGAACACCUGAAAUUUAACCUCCUAAAGCAGCAAAAAGUAAUUUACACCCAUUCAAGCCACAAAAACAAUGUAUCAAAAAGUGAUUCACCAUACACCAGGGAGGACGUGGAAAUGCAUGAAAACAAAGAUAAUAAAUCGUUCAGGCUCACUGGAGUGAACAACAGUCACCAUGGUAUCUACAGAUGUGAGGGCACGGUCAUGUACCCUCCUCCUCUUGUAAAAGCAUAUGGUUCAAGGAUCCUGGUACUUGUAGAAGGACACCAAGGCAUUGACUGCAAAAACUGCAAUGUUCCUGAAACAGUUCAGCUUAGUGUAUCUCUCUGGAUUUGGAUUGUGGUGGGUGGUCUCAUCAUCUACAGCAUAACUGUCACAGUUAUCGCCAUCAUCAGCUUGGUCAAACUGAGGAGGACAGAUUCCCAGAGUGACUACAUGAACACCAAACCCAGAGCACCCAGGGGCCACAACAAGAAAAGAGGGGCUGGAACCCAUAUAGGCCUACCACGACACUUCUGAUCACCCGUGCAUCAUCUGACCAUUUGCACAGCUAUCCCCAUUAGUUUAGUUAUAAACAUAGGGGGGUCCUUGUAGUUGUUAGCCCUUAUUGUGUGUGAGGUUGUUGUUUAGUUCAUUUUGUUGUCAGUUAUAGUUGUUUUGUGUCUUCACAGCGAAAGUAGCAGUUCCUUUUACAGUUGUGCCUGUAUGAGGCAAUAAAAAAAUAUCUUGCCUAACAGUUUUGGUUUUGCUCGUUUCCUGUUUCAUUCACUAUAUCUACCAGCCUGUCACACCCACCCACCCCUGGAACCCCUAUCUUCAUGGUCGAAACAGAAGGUGGUGUCUGCAUGAGGGGAUCUAACCACAUCCAAAGGGGUUCAUUCAGCGCGUAAAUCUGUGGAGAGGCACCACAAUUUCACUAAAUUUAUAAACACAAGCCCAUACAGCCAGCCCUCUACAAAUUUUGUUGUCAGUUAUAGUUGUUUUGUGUCUUCACAGCGAAAGUAGCAGUUCCUUUUACAGUUGUGCCUGUAUGAGGCAAUAAAAAAAUAUCUUGCCUAACAGUUUUGGUUUUGCUCGUUUCCUGUUUCAUUCACUAUAUCUACCAGCCUGUCACACCCACCCACCCCUGGAACCCCUAUCUUCAUGGUCGAAACAGAAGGUGGUGUCUGCAUGAGGGGAUCUAACCACAUCCAAAGGGGUUCAUUCAGCGCGUAAAUCUGUGGAGAGGCACCACAAUUUCACUAAAUUUAUAAACACAAGCCCAUACAGCCAGCCCUCUACAAAUUUUGUUGUCAGUUAUAGUUGUUUUGUGUCUUCACAGCGAAAGUAGCAGUUCCUUUUACAGUUGUGCCUGUAUGAGGCAAUAAAAAAAUAUCUUGCCUAACA